AUGGGACCACCUGAGCUUAGCUCUUCACCCGUACUGAAACAACUAGCUAGUAUCGCUGCCACCAUCCAGGCUUUGAUUGAAACUAGGAGGCACCCCGAAAAAACCUGUAACAUGCGGCCGGAUCCAGUCAUUGAUGCAUUAAUGCAGCUUAAUGAAAUGGAGCAAGUGGAUGGAGUCAGGCUCCAGAAUAUAGUUCUGAAGGAUCGUGCAGACCACUUUGUAUUCCUCUCGGAUGAGGAGUUUAUUGAACGUUACAGGCUGACCAAGGACUGCACAAAAAUUGUUCUAGACAAGAUUAAUCAAGGGUUGCCACGAGAAAGAAAUAUGAGAGGUUUAAGUGUUCCACCUCAGCUUCAGCUCCUGGUAUGUUUGCGUUAUCUGGCAACUGGAAGCUUUCAACUGGGCAUGGCAGAUUGCUCACAGAUGUCAAAAACCUCUGUGUGCAAGUUUGUUGGUCUGACUGCCAGAGCUAUUGCGUCCUUAGCCUCAGAAUACCUGAAGUUCCCAGAUGCAAAAGAUGUGGCUGCAAACAUCCAGAAGUUCCAGACGAUAGCAGGGAUUCCUGGAGUUAUUGGCUAUUUGAAGUUCAUGAACAUCAUUGCUAGUUGGCCAGGCAGUGUGCAUGAUAGCAGAAUUUUUGAAAACUCUCAUGUGUGCCAUAUCCUCGAGCAAGGAAAUCAUCCUGGAUACUUACUUGGAGACAGUGGGUACCCUUGUAGUAGUUACUUAUUAACACCUGUCCAGGGACCUACAACUGACAAAGAGAGGCGCUACAACACAGCCCACACAAAGACCAGACAUGUAAUUGAACGUGCCUUUGGAGUUCUGAAAAGGCGUUUUGCUUUCCUCAGCCAGCCUGUUCGUACAAAGCUGGAAACUACAAAGAAAAUCAUAAUGGCCUGUGUAGUUCUGCACAUAGCCAUCCUCCAUGAAAUAGACCCACUAGAAAAUAGAGAUUGA